GACUGUCAGGCGAUCACAUGACAUGACAAAGCAACUCGCCACUUCAUGUGUAGACUCAACUGCUGCUAGCCACUCCACAAUCGACUGUCUACGUCCACACGCCCACAGCGACUGCUGUGUCAUCCAAGAUGCUGGCCCUCAUCAACAGACUUCUGGACUGGUUCAGGUCCCUGUUCUGGAAGGAGGAGAUGGAGCUGACGUUAGUGGGACUGCAGUCCUCCGGGAAAACCACAUUCGUCAAUGUGAUUGCGUCAGGCCAGUUCAGUGAAGACAUGAUUCCCACAGUUGGUUUCAACAUGCGGAAGGUCACUAAAGGCAAUGUGACAAUAAAGAUAUGGGAUAUAGGUGGACAGCCCCGCUUCAGAAGCAUGUGGGAGCGUUACUGCAGAGGAGUCAAUGCAAUCGUUUAUAUGGUGGAUGCAGCAGACCGAGACAAGAUAGAAGCUUCCAGAAAUGAACUGCACAACCUUUUAGACAAACCACAACUACAGGGAAUUCCUGUUUUAGUUCUGGGCAACAAACGAGACCUGCCCAGUGCACUUGAUGAGAAGCAGCUUAUUGAGAAAAUGAACCUGUCUGCCAUUCAGGACCGAGAGAUCUGCUGCUACUCUGUCUCCUGCAAAGAGAAAGACAACAUAGACAUCACACUGCAGUGGCUCAUCCAGCACUCAAAGUCCAGGAGAAGCUGAAGGUGAAGCUUGCAGCUCUGGCCUCACCCCUCUUAUGGUCAUGGGUCCUCAACAGUCAUCCCCUCCACUGCCUCCAUGAAGUAAUCCAGCGCUCUCUUUGCUCACUACUUUCAACACCCAGUACACUACCAUAUAUGCGUCGUCUCUGCACAGCACUACCACCAUCCCAACUAUAUGGAGUCUCAAAACAUUGUCUUGGCGCCGUGCAAGGAGCUGGAUUUGUCAAUCAUGCCUUUAUUGCCUGUCAUUACAGACUUGCUUCUUGGUUUAUUUUUUCACUAUCCUCUUGUUUCCUCCAGUGCAGGAAUCCAAUUUAGGAUGGAGUGCCUCCUAAUCCACAAUCAAAU